CUUUUCUCAAAUUAAUUAAUCAGAACCCUACUCAACGAAGCUCAACAGCUCCAGCAAAACGACAUUGCGUUUCGUACUGAACUCAAUUCGCCGGAAAACGCCGCCGGAGUUCGUCGUCGCCCGCCGCAAACUGUCAAAAGAUAGUCCUGAAUGACCUGUUAUUGUAGGGUAAUCAGUGUUGUUAAUCAUGGUAUGGUCAAGUUUAAGUAGGGGAACUCUUCACUUGCCGAACUUAAGGGCUUUCCGAAAUUCCGUUGAAUUCAGGGGCCGAUCUAUUAUUCCUGAAGGAUCAGGUUAUAGCAUAGUUAAUCCUUGUUCUGGAUUCCAGCGUGAUUUCUCUUGUAAAAUACGUCUGUCCGGGUUUAAGCAAGAAUUGAGUACGUCGUCAUUCCAUCAGUGUUACCGCUCUUCAGCUUUUGCUUCACACAAUGUUGGAAGGUUGUGUUCUAUGCCUGGUUUUCGACACUUUUCAUCUAAUGCAUCCACAGAGCAAAAAUCACGAAAGAUGCUCAUUUACUUGACAGGCUUGGUUUUUGGAAUGGUUGGAAUGUCAUAUGCUGCAGUUCCACUUUACCGGAGAUUUUGCCAAGCAACUGGUUAUGGGGGAACUAUUACCCGCCGUGAGAGUGUUGAAGAAAAGAUUGCAAGGCAUGAUAGCAAUCAAACAGCCACCUCAAGGGAAAUUGUGGUACAGUUCAAUGCUGAUAUUGCUGAUGGAAUGCCAUGGAAGUUUGUUCCUACUCAGAGAGAGGUUAGGGUGAAGCCUGGAGAAAGUGCCCUCGCAUUUUAUACCGCGGAAAAUAAAAGUUCUACGCCGAUAACUGGUGUUUCUACAUAUAAUGUGACUCCUAUGAAGGCUGGAGUUUACUUUAAUAAAAUACAAUGCUUCUGUUUUGAGGAGCAGCGACUGCUUCCUGGAGAGCAGAUUGACAUGCCUGUAUUCUUUUAUAUCGACCCGGAAAUUGAGGACGAUCCUAAAAUGGAUGGUAUCAAUAACAUAAUAUUAUCAUAUACUUUCUUCAAGGUUUCUGAAGAAUAAUACCCACUUCAAGGCUUCGCUACCUUUCAAAGGGCAUAAGAACCCCGGAAGCUUAUUCAUGAGUCUCAAGUGUAAUUUGUUUUACUAUUAAAUCGUUGAUGUAAUUUUUGAGGCAGCACUCUCUCUCUCCAAUUUAGUCCCUAAAAUAUAUAAAUAAAGACUAGCUUCUAAAUUUAGUGAGUUCCAUCACUUAGUUAGAGACUAAAAUGAUGAAUUUUAUAUACUUAACAGUCUGGAAUAAUUAUAUUUAUUUUCUUCAAAUUUGUUUAUACUUUAGGGACUGAAUUGGAGAGAAUGUGAUAUUUUACGGACUAAAUUGAUGGUAUAUUCUUUGUUCUACACUAAGUUUCUAAAACAAGCCCUGUGACCAGGUUUUAAAGGGUUAUGUGGAAUCAUUUAUUACCUUCCUAAAUCAGUGUUGUUUAGUGUUAAUUUACUGUGUCAUGUGGAAUGCAACAGAUACCUGGUGAAGAAUGUAUCAGCCAUAUAGACACACACAUUACUUUCUUUUUAGUGUUAAUUGAAAAGUCAUGAUCAUUGAGACAUUUGGCUAUGGAUGAUAGAAGCCAGAGAGGUAUGAAUCUGGACUUGAGUUUGUUGGGCUCUUGUAUCAUUAUAUAUUUUUAUAAAAUCUCAUUUUCAA